CAAAGGAAGUCAACACAGAUAAGUGAUGAAGUCUCGCGGAUCUGACGUUUGACAGUAUUGUGCCGGUACAAUUAUUAACGAUUGUUAAAUUUUAGUGCAAUAAUAAAUAUUAAGGGAGACAAAGUAAUCUAUUUAUCAGCGUACCAACCAUGGAAGGCUUGAAAGACACCGCAGUUAACAAAACGUCUGAACUCAAGAGGGAAGUAGACUCCCUUGACGAUUUUGAACAUUUAGGGCAUGAUUCCAGUCCAUUAAAUGAAGGUAAAGAAAUUACCGGCGACUUGUUAGGAUUAAAAAGCGAGGUUUCAGCGACAGCACGUGAUAUAAAUGAUGAAAUCGAUAAAAGGGUAGAAACUGUAGGGACUCUCGUUACCGACAGUUUCGACCCCUUAAAGUCUGACCUGCUAGACCAACCAUUAAUUCCUCAAAAAAUGGAUUCUAAUCUUCUACAGAUGGGCGACAACUUUCCCGAUAGAAGAGAAGCGGACGCGAAAUUGGACAAAUUCCUGGAGGAGUAUAAGCCAACCGUCCAGGGUUUAGAUAAGUACGGUUUGCAUAAUAUUCAAUCUUUCAUGGAUAGCGAGCGUGGAUUUGCUCAAGAACAGCCCAAGACACAGUCUGGUAGCGAUCUCUUGGACCGUUAUUCGGACAGUGAACCCGACGACGACUUUAAGCCUUCCAAGUACGAUAAUAUCCCCAAGAAAGAGGAACUUCCGGAAUCGUUUGGCUCUACGGAGAAUUUCAAAGCUGAAACUUUCAAAGAUGUCGACGAGAUCCAGCCAGAGAUCCCUAAAAAGGAUUAUCCCGCAGAUCCUCCCAAAAUAUAUGAGACUGUCAGAGAAAAAACUUCAGAACCUAUCGUACAAAAAGUUCCAGAACCGGUGAAGGAAAAGACACCCGAACCCGCAAAAGCAAAAACUCCGGAGCCGGCGAAGGGAAAGACAACACCGGAGCCUGUUUUUAAAGAGAAAACUCCUGAGCCGGUAAUAAAAAAAGCUCCAGAGCCAGCAAUAAAAAAAGCUCCAGAGCCGGUAAAAGAAAAAAUUCCUGAGCCUGUAAAGGAGAAAACUCCAGAGCCUGUAAAGGAAAAAACUCCAGAACCGCCAAAGGAAAGGACUCCAGAGCCCGUAGAGGAAAAAUCGCCUGAGCCUUUGAAAAAGCUUCCAGAGACGAAGAUCGAGGAAAAGAAAUCGAAAAUUGCUCCCGCCGAUGCCGAAGCUAUUUUCUGCAAAAUGGGAUUGGAUACAUGGUUUAACCCAGAAAGGCUAAAUCCUAAAGUGGAGAGUUUAAUUUAUUGGCGUAAUCCUAAAAAGUCUGGACCUGUCUUUGGGGGAGUCUUAGUGGUCCUCUUGGCCCUCUCAUACUUCUCCCUCAUCAGUGUGGUAGCAUAUCUCUCUCUUAUCGGUCUAACGGGCACCAUAGCCUUCAGGAUCUACAGGAACAUAGUACAGGCUGUACAGAAGACUGGCGAUGGACAUCCUUUCAAAGACAUCUUGGAGAUGGACAUUUCUCUGUCCCAGGACAAAGUGAGGGAAAUCUCGGAGGUGGCAGUGGCACAUAUCAAUGCUGCUGUUGUGGAACUGCGCAGGUUGUUCCUCGUUGAGGACCUUGUGGAUUCUAUCAAAUUCGGCGUUCUCUUAUGGACCCUCACCUACUUGGGCGCCUGGUUUAAUGGAAUGAGCCUCAUCAUUAUCGCUUGGGUCGCCCUUUUCACUCUUCCAAAAGUUUACGAGACAAACAAGAAACAAAUCGAUGCCAACUUGGAACUUGUGAGAACCAAAUUAGCUGAAAUUUCAUCCAAGGUAAAAGCAGCGAUUCCGAUUGGCAAGAAAGCCGAGGAAAAGAAGGAGCAAUAGGUGUUUUAGUUGUAACAAAUAAGGAGUGAAACUCUCCAACCACACAUGUCACAAGAGGAACCUUUUUAAGUUAUAUACCACUUAUAUGAUUUCUUUAUUCCAUCCGAAACUUAAUUAAUCUUUAUGAAAUUGUACCGUAGGCGUACAAUUUUUGUAAAUAAGCUGUUAUUUUAAUCAUUGUAUUUUGUUUUUCAAUGUUUGUUGUUCGUUUUUUGUAAUACAUGUCAAUAUCAAUGCAAUUCAAUGUUGAAUUCUAACAUUUACCUGUGUGUAUUACAAAAGAUCUUAUAUAUUUAUAAUAAGAUUAUAUUAAAUAUAGAUUUUAUGAUUUUAUUUAGUUUUAUUUCUUCUUUUUUUUUAAAUUGGUUUUGGUUGGAUUGUGUUUCCGCUGGAUUUUAUUACAUACUUAGAGUGAUAAGAAUUUAAUUUUAGAAGGAAAAGUAUAAAUAUUUAAGAUAUUCAGACACUACUCGAUAAUAUGUCGUAAACAAAGUAGUUGAUUUUUAUUUAUACGAAAGGAAUAUUUUAUAUAUUUACUGUGUUGUCUUUAUGUGAUGCUAUAGUCAAAGUGAGCACGCAAUUAUAUUUGCCAAGUAUAUAAGCAAAGGAUAAUUUAUUCAUGUUAUUUUUAAGAGCAGCUGCAUCUAAGCAAAAUUUUUCGCUCCGGAAACCUUUCCAGGAAACGGAAAAGAGUGCAGCAAUGUCGAAAACGAUAAACUGUGUCUGGUAAUCGUGUACGCUGCUUAAAAAUGUGUUUUAAUGCAAUUGCUCUUAAGUCAGUACUAAAACUAAAGUUAGACUGAUGUUACUUUUAUUAGCAGCGUUAAAAGUUGUCCACGUUAAAACGUGAGUACGCCGUACUAUCAAUGUUAAGUGUAUCUCUUCUACACUCAUUGAAUGUAACUGUUCACAUGUAAGAAGACCAAAACGUAUGUUUCUAAUUAAAUAUAUAAAUAUAUAUCUAUUAAAUCUAUUACUAAUUAAAUAGUCGGCCAGAUCUGUUAUUGUCAUCUACUACGUCUAAACUCUAUAUACAUAUAUAGAUUUAGUUUUAUUAUUGAGAGAUUUUAAAUGUAUGUGAAGGAACGAGGGUUUAUUUAGACUGUUGCAUACUUUUAUAUAGCUUUGUAUUUGCUUUUGAAAUUAAAUUGUUUACAUCUGCUUAA